CGAUCCAUCGCAUCGUUGUUUUCUCGUAUUUUUUUCAACGGGUUCCAAGAAUUAGGUGUAAAAAAAUGCAAAUACCAAGAAAUUUUCGUUUAUUGGAAGAGCUAGAAAAAGGUGAAAAAGGAUUUGGUGACGGCACGUUUUCUUAUGGUCUUGUUGAUAUUGAUGAUAUGAGUUUAUCAAAUUGGAUUGGAACAAUUUUGGGACCGGCACAUAGUGUUUAUGAGAAUCGAAUUUAUAGUUUAAAGAUUUAUUGUGAUGAAACAUACCCGGACAUGCCUCCGGUUAUUUAUUUUUUAUCUAAAAUUAAUCUUCCAUGUGUGAAUCCUCAGACAGGUCGUGUUGAGCCUGAACAAUUAUCAUGCCUUUCAAACUGGAAACGAGACCAUACAUUAGAAACUAUUUUAAUCGCGCUCCGACGUGAAAUGGCAUCAUCAAGUAAUAAGAAAUUGCCUCAACCACCAGAAGGAAGCAUUUUUUAA